CGACAUGACCACAAUGGAAAUCGCGCGACACGCCAAACAGACUCUGCACGCCCCUGCGCUCCGAUUUGAUGCUCUCUGAGAUUCUGAAAAUACACGAAGGAGAAAGACAAGUCCCAAGGCAUGAAUACAAUAUUUAAUCAACUAUAUGUCCACUCUAAACGUCCGUCUUGCUGGACCUAUUGACCAUCGAUAGUUGUGUGCUCAAGUUUACCGAGAUCCAAAGUUGUCAGGCAGCGUUCAUUGAACGCAUGCGCAUUGCAUCCACUAUCCAGCUCAAAAUAAGAGUUAAAACAGAAACGAGUGCAGGAGGAGGAGAGCAGGGAGAGAUGACUGACACCCCGCCCAGCGAUGGCCCCUCCCAGGGGGCAGAGUUUGACAUGAUGGGUGCUCUGGACUGGCAGGACGGCAUCGCCACACUGCCCGGCAGCGACAUCAAGUUCCGUAUGACAGAGUUUGGAACUUUGGAGAUCGUGACAGAGCCAGAGGUCAAAGAGGCAGGGCCAACCCCCCAGAACCCUGCCCAGUCGAAAAGUCCCACCCCUCCACCAGAGGCCCAAUCAGAGAGCAGUGCAGCCUCUUCUGCAGCCAAGGCUCAAGGCCCUGUGCUUCUGUCUCUAGAGGAGGGUCCCACUGUGGAGGAGCCGAGAGUGGAGGUUGGCCCCAGGGCGGAGGCGGAGGUUGGCCCCAGGGCGGAGGCGGAGGUUGGCCCCAGGGCGGAGGCGGAGGUUGGCCCCAGGGCGGAGGCGGAGGUUGGCCCCAGGGCGGAGGCGGAGGUUGGCCCCAGGGCGGAGGCGGAGGUUGGCCCCAGGGCGGAGGCGGGCCCCAGGGCGGAGGCGGGCCCCAGGGCGGAGGCGGGCCCCAGGGCGGAGGCGGGCCCCAGGGCGGAGGCCCCCAGGGCGGAGGCGGGCCCCAGGGCGGAGGCGGGCCCCAGGGCGGAGGCGGGCCCCAGGGCGGAGGCGGGCCCCAGGGCUGCGAUGGCUAGCUGUAGGUCGUGUGGGGGCUCCGGUCCACUGGAGAGUUUCCUCCAGGGCAAAUACUGCAGCUCCAUUUGUGUCCAGCCCUCCAGUGGCAGGUCAUCACCCGGAGAGCGGAGGGAGAGAGAGGGGGGGGAGGUGGGACUGGGGAAACGAGUGAGGAAGAAGAGGAAGAUCUACAUGGACUCUGGUGAUGAAGACGAAGACAACCAGGAGGAGGAAGAGGACAAGUCCAAGGCUGUCAAAGGGAGGAGAGCUGCUAAGCUGGCCAAGCUAGUGACAGCCCCACCCAAUAAGAAGCGAUCCUGGAGCUGGCCCUCCUACAUGGAGGAGGAGAAGGCUAUAGCUGCCCCCCUUAAACUGUUCAAGGAGCACCAGUCGUUCCCUCAGAGCAGGAAUGCCUUCAAAGUGGGGAUGAAGUUAGAAGGACUGGACCCCUGUCACCCCUCUCUGUUCUGUGUGCUCAGUGUUGCUGAGGUCCAGGGUUAUAGGGCAAGGCUUCAUUUCGACGGGUAUCCAGAGUGCUAUGACUUCUGGGUAAAUGCUGACACCUGGGAUGUAAAGCCGGCAGGCUGGUGUGAGAAGAUGGGACACAAGCUGCUACUGCCGAAAGGUUGUAAGGAUGGGGAGUUCAACUGGAACAUGUAUGUGAAGAACUGCAGAGGUCAGCUGGCCCCCAAACACCUCUUCAAGAGCCUCAACACGUCGGUGACUCCGUCAGGGUUCCGUGCGGGUAUGAAGCUAGAGGCGGUGGAUAAGAAGAACCCAUAUCUGAUCUGCGUAGCGUCCAUCGCGGCUGCUGUUGACAACAGACUCCUCAUACACUUUGACAACUGGGACGACACCUAUGACUACUGGUGUGAUGCCAGCAGUCCCUACAUCCACCCUGUAGGCUACUGUGAGGAGGCUGAGCUGACCCUCACCACCCCUGCUGAGUAUAAGCACCCGAGGAGUUUUUCCUGGGAUAAAUACAUGGAGGAGACUGGCACACAGGCAGCCCCUGCACGUGCCUUCAAACUGCGUCCGUGCCAUGGGUUCCAGGCUGGAAUGAAGCUGGAAGCCGUCGAUAAGAGGAAUCCCAUGCUCAUCCGCGUAGCAACCAUCGCAGAGGUGGAGGACCACCGACUGAGGAUCCAUUUCGAUGGCUGGAGUGAGGAGUAUGACUACUGGGUGGAUGCUGACUGCCCAGACCUGCACCCUGUGGGCUGGUGUCAGAAGACUAGUCAUCCCCUACAACACCCCUCCAAUGGCUCCACUGAUAUGCUGGUCCUCCCAGGGCAGGGCUGUCCUACCCCAGGAUGCAAUGGGGUUGGUCACAUCCGUGGACCGCGCUACGGAACCCACUACACGGGGGUGAGCUGUCCGUACUCGGAGAUGAACCUGAACAGGGAGGGCCAGGUACCAGACCGUCUGAGUGGAGAACGACCUAUGACCCUGAGUGGACCUCAUCACCGUGGGCGACGCCCAGACCCUCCUCCACACACCCAGACAAACAGCCCCACCACACCGGAGCAGCCCGAGCCUGCAGACGACUCCCCUCAGACCAGUGUAACUAGGGGGCCGACUGUUGACGAGGGUGAACGAUCCAGGUGCAGCAGUCAGAGUGAGCCACCAGGGGGCUCCACCGAGCCCGUCAACGACGGAGCCAAGGCCAAGAGGUCUGCUCCAGUCCCAAAGUAUCUGAAGCUGCACGUCGUCAAGCAGGAGAGUGGAGAUGGGAAAGACUCCCCGUCUCUCCAGCAGGCACUCCAUGAGUCAGUGUUCUCCCCGGGUGGCUCCUCCUCUCCCCCUCACAGGGUGGCUCUGUGCUGGGACAAACACUGCCAGCUGCUCCCUGAGGUCCUGGGCCUCACAGCUAAGAGAGUUGCAACCUGGACCGCCGACGAGGUGGCCAGUUUUGUCAAAGGGCUCCCGGGCUGUAAAGAGCAUGCUGCCACCUUCAGGACAGAGCAAAUGGAUGGAGAGGCCUUCCUGCUUCUCACCCAAGCAGACAUAGUCAAGAUCCUGUCAAUCAAACUAGGCCCCGCCCUCAAGAUAUACAACGCCAUACUCAUGCUGAAGAACGCUGAUGAGGAGUGAGACGCCCCCUGACGCUUCAUUUCCUCCCACACCCGACCGCUGUAUCUGAAUAGUCUAGAGAAGUUUAAUCUCUUUCUUUGCCUCCUCACCUUAUUCUCUUUGGUCUUCAUCUGCACUGAUCUGAGCCCGUAGGAUAGGUCAGAGCAACGUAAUGGAUGGCCACCAGGAAUCUGCUUUCAGCUAUCCUGUUCUUCCACAUCAGUGUAGAGGAGUAGAGAGGAUGUACCUGGUGUCAGUGUAGAGGAGUAGAGAGGAUGUACCUGGUGUCAGUGUAGAGGAGUAGAGAGGAUGUACCUGGUGUCAGUGUAGAGGAGUAGACAGGAUGUACCUGGUGUCAGUGUAGAGGAGUAGACAGGAUGUACCUGGUGUCAGUGUAGAGGAGUAGAGAGGAUGUACCUGGUGUCAGUGUAGAGGAGUAGAGAGGAUGUACCUGGUGUCAGUGUAGAGGAGUAGAGAGGAUGUACUUGGUGUCAGUGUAGAGAGGAUGUACCUGGUGUCAGUAGAGAGGAUGUACCUGGUGUCAGUGUAGAGGAGUAGAGAGGAUGUACCUGGUGUCAGUGUAGAGGAGUAGAGAGGAUGUACCUGGUGUCAGUAGAGAGGAUGUACCUGGUGUCAGUAGAGAGGAUGUACCUGGUGUCAGUGUAGAGGAGUAGAGAGGAUGUACCUGGUGUCAGUGUAGAGGAGUAGGGAGGAUGUACUUGGUGUCAGUGUAGAGGAGUAGAGAGGAUGUACCUGGUGUCAGUGUAGAGGAGUAGAGAGGAUGUACCUGGUGUCAGUGUAGAGGAGUAGAGAGGAUGUACCUGGUGUCAGUGUAGAGAGGAUGUACCUGGUGUCAGUGUAGAGGAGUAGACAGGAUGUACCUGGUGUCAGUGUAGAGGAGUAGACAGGAUGUACCUGGUGUCAGUGUAGAGUAGAGAGGAUGUACCUGGUGUCAGUGUAGAGGAGUAGAGAGGAUGUACCUGGUGUCAGUGUAGAGGAGUAGACAGGAUGUACCUGGUGUCAGUGUUGAGGAGUAGACAGGAUGUACCUGGUGUCAGUGUAGAGGAGUAGAGAGGAUGUACCUGGUGUCAGUGUAGAGGAGUAGAGAGGAUGUACCUGGUGUCAGUGUAGAGGAGUAGACAGGAUGUACCUGGUGUCAGUGUAGAGGAGUAGACAGGAUGUACCUGGUGUCAGUGUAGAGGAGUAGAGAGGGUGUACCUGGUGUCAGUGUAGAGGAGUAGAGAGGAUGUACCUGGUGUCAGUGUAGAGGAGUAGAGAGGAUGUACCUGGUGUCAGUGUAGAGGAGUAGAGAGGGUGUACCUGGUGGCAGUGUAGAGGAGUAGAGAGGAUGUACCUGGUGUCAGUGUAGAGGAGUAGAGAGGAUGUACCUGGUGUCAGUGUAGAGGAGUAGAGAGGAUGUACCUGGUGUCAGUGUAGAGGAGUAGAGAGGGUGUACCUGGUGUCAGUGUAGAGGAGUAGAGAGGAUGUACCUGGUGUCAGUGUAGAGGAGUAGAGAGGAUGUACCUGGUGUCAGUGUAGAGGAGUAGAGAGGAUGUACCUGGUGUCAGUAGAGAGGAUGUACCUGGUGUCAGUGUAGAGGAGUAGAGAGGAUGUACCUGGUAUCAGUGUAGAGGAGUAGAGAGGAUGUACCUGGUGUCAGUGUAGAGGAGUAGAGAGGAUGUACCUGGUGUCAGUGUAGAGGAGUAGAGAGGAUGUACCUGGUGUCAGUGUAGAGGAGUAGAGAGGGUGUACCUGGUGUCAGUGUAGAGGAGUAGAGAGGAUGUACCUGGUGUCAGUGUAGAGGAGUAGAGAGGAUGUACCUGGUGUCAGUGUAGAGGAGUAGAGAGGAUGUACCUGGUGUCAGUGUAGAGGAGUAGAGAGGAUGUACCUGGUGUCAGUGUAGAGGAGUAGAGAGGAUGUACCUGGUGUCAGUGUAGAGGAGUAGAGAGGAUGUACCUGGUGUCAGUGUAGAGGAGUAGAGAGGAUGUACCAGGUGUCAGUGUAGAGGAGUAGACAGGAUGUACCUGGUGUCAGUGUAGAGGAGUAGAGAGGAUGUACCUGGUGUCAGUGUAGAGGUGUAGAGAGAAUGUACCUGGUGUCAGUGUUGAGGAGUAGAUAGGAUGUACCUGGUGUCAGUGUUGAGGAGUAGACAGGAUGUACCUGGUGUCAGUGUAGAGGAGUAGAGAGGAUGUACCUGGUGUCAGUGUAGAGGAGUAGAGAGGAUGUACCUGGUGUCAGUGUAGAGGAGUAGAGAGGAUACAGAGAGGAUGUACCUGUGGUGUCUGUUGGAAGAUCUUAAUUGCAUACUCCUCGUGUCCUCUCCUCGUCUCCUUCUUAAAACCCAUUGGAUGAGAGAGCCAGAGGAGAGAGGACGCGAGGAUUAUGCAAUUGAGAUCUUACCUGUCAGACAGACAUCACAGUCAACCCAAGAAAGUGUUUUAUACUAUAACAUAGCAACAAUUAUAAUUUAAAGGGGCAAUCCGGAGUUGAAACAAUAACAAAGCAGUAACCCCACCACUGUUUUGGCCAAAAGCUGAGGGAUGGAUGGGGCUGGAGAAAUGUUACCGCUCUCAAAUUCAUAGACAGAACUAUGUAUACAAGGACUGACCAUCAAAAUUCUAGUUUGAACCAUGUUUUGAGGCUAUACAGUGUUUGUUUACAUUUACUCUGCUUACCAACAUUGAAGAUGAACAAGCUUAUAUUUGGUGUUUUGGGGUUCUGAUGGGGUACGACAGUUGAACUAAGCUCAUGAGGCAUUUAUAAGAUAUUCUUCGAGAAUCAAUGGGUAUAUAUAAUAAAAAAAUGUAUGUAGCAACUGCAGAUUGCCCCAUUAACCUAAAUGUUUUUCUGAGUAAGAGAUGAGCAGUGGGCACCUUUAAAGUUCAGGCAUCUUUAAAGUAUUGAUAUUGAAUUAAAUUUGAAGGUAGACUCAGUGAAAUGACGUUGUCACGAGCAGCUCCACAGAUAUUGAGAUGAGUGAGAUGCAGGACCUCACACACGGUGUCUGCGGAACAGGAGGCUGGUGGCUUUUUAAUUGGGGAAAACGGGCUCAUAGUAACGGCUGGAACGGAAUCAAUGGAAUGGUAUUGGUUUCCAUGUGUUUGAUAGCAUUGCAUUCACUCCAUUCCAGACAUUACUAUGAGCCGUCCUCCCCUCAGAUGUGGAUGGGUUCGCUUCACACUGUUCCCUGGCCUGGCUACCGGGAAUCAAAACAGCGGAGAAGUUAAGCCUCGCGCUUUAACGCUCAUAGUUGUUGUGGGAAUUGAUCCACAAUGCUAUUUACUUUCAGCAUCUACGUCAUAUCGCUGCGUCCACCUUUAAAAUUAUCAUUUUAAAAAUAAUAAUGUUUGAGGAAAUGGUGCUGAGCCUUGAGCAGAUGGAACCAGAUUAGUCCAAACAUGUUUUUACUGGAAUACUUGUUGAGUUCUUAUUUAUUGUUGUGAAAGAAACUCACCAUGUAGUUUACCUCUCUGUCAGAUGGAUACAUUCCUCUACGUCCAGGGCAGGAAGAGGUUGGCACGUCUCAAGGCUUGGGUGGAGGGAGAGGAUUGGUUUGUGUGUGUUUGUGUGUGUGUGUGUGUGUGUGUGUGUGUGUGUGUGUGUGUGUGUGUGUGUGUGUGUGUGUGUGCACGCGCGCCUGUCAGAUGUUUAUUUAAAAGGGUGAAUGUUAUAGCAUUGGAACUUUAAGGAAAGCUGGACUUCAGGACUAAUUCAACUGAAGAGAGAUGUGUUUCUAUGUACCUGCUUUAGAGCUAAUGGUAAAACACUAAUGAAAUUGGAAUGUAAAGAAAGAAAGACAAAAUUCAUCAAUUUGUUCUGAAUGAAUAUUGUUUCCUGUUUCAUUGAUCUUUGUGUACACCGUGUAAAUAGUGUAUUAUAGCUCUGGGGUUGUGACACCCUGCAUCCCUAUAGGAAGUGGUUAUUUGGAAGCUUAUGCAAAUCAAUACCAAUCUUUUCCAAGAAAUUAAAAAUGUAAUUUUUUUUCAUUGAACUGAGGAAUUCAUCUUUUAAAGCUUUAGUGAAAUUUUGUAAACUAUUUUUUUUGUCAAUCUCCUCCAUGCGAUACCUUGGAAGUGUGUUGCAAUGAGCCUAAAUGUGUUUAUCAACAAUAUAGUUUAUAUUCAAAACCGGGAUUUCUGUAUUUUAAUUUAAGGGGCAUUGAUAAGUGCUGUUGACUUGUGAGAUGGUGUGAGUGGUGUAGGUGCAGAAUGGCUUGUGUUUGCUGGAGUGUGUGAGUGGAAUGGAAUAAAUGAAAUGCAGUCUC